CUAAAAAGUGUAUGAAGGGAGAAGAAAAAUUUGUGAUAAACUUCAGGGGCCAAAUGAAUUUUCUUCCUCCUCGCACUGCGACCAGCGGCAGCCCGACCGGUUCAUUCGAGUAAUGAAUGCCACCUCUCCUCACGUCAUCUCGGCCCGCCGCCAUCUCGCUCCUCCGAUCCUCCGUCCGCCGCCGUGAUCCCGCCGCCUGCCGCCAUCUCCACGCUCACCUCAUCAAGUCCGGCGUGAGCCGCUGGCCCCCGUACCCAACCGCUCUCCUCGAUGCCUACGCCAAAUCCGGCCUCCUGUCGGACGCCCACCGGCUGUUCGACGAAUCCCCCCACAGGGACGCCGUCUUCUAUUCCUCCUUCCUCUCCGCCCUCUCCAACUCUGAUCGCCCUUCCGAUGCGCUUCUCCACUUCCGCCGCAUGGUUUCCGCGGACGCCGUUCCUCCCGACGGAUUCAUCUUCGCCACCCUCGCGAAGGCCUGCUCCCGUGCCGGCUCCCUUCGUCUCGGCAAGCAAGUCCACGCCCACUUCCUCUCGUCUCUGUUCCACGACGACAACGUCGUCAAGUCUUCUCUCGUAGACAUGUACUCCAAGUGCGGCGCCGUCGUUGACGCUCGGAAGGUGUUCGACACAAUUCCCGAGAAGAAUCUCGUCUGCUGGACUGCUAUGGUUUCCGGAUACGCUUCCAAUGGCCGAAAGGCCCGAGCUCUGGAGCUGUUCGACCAAAUGCCGCACAGAAACAUCUUCGCCUGGACAGCUUUGAUCUCUGGCUUCCUUCAGAGCGGGGAAAGCUUCCAUGCGGCCAAGAAGUUUGUAGAAAUGCGGAGGCAAGAAGUGGAGAUCGACAAUGCCUUUGUUCUCUCAGCCGUCAUUGGCGCUGCCGCCGAUUUAGCGACGCUACAAUUGGGCAGGCAGCUCCAUGGGCUCAUGUGGGCACUUGGGUAUGAAUCAAGCUUCAUAGUCGGGAAUGCUCUUGUGGACAUGUAUGCAAAGUGCAGCGAUAUCGACUCCGCGAGAUCUGUCUUCCUAAGCCUCGCCGUGCGAGAUGUCGUUUCUUGGACGACCAUGGUUGUGGGGGAGGCACAGCACGGCCGAGCUGAGGACGCAUUGCAAUUGUAUGAUCAUAUGAUUCUUGCAGGAGUGCAGCCCAAUGGUGUGACUUUUGUUGGAUUGAUCUAUGCUUGCAGCCACGCCGGGCUUGUUCAAAAGGGGCGGGAAUUGUUCGAUUUGAUGGUUGAGGAGCACGGCAUUAGGCCUUCGUUGCAACACUAUACGUGCUUGUUGGAUCUUCUCAGUCGGUCGGGGCAUCUAGCUGAAGCAGAACAUGUCAUUGAGUCGAUGCCGUAUGUGCCUGACGAAGCUAUCUGGGCAGCCCUGCUGAGUGCUUGUAUGAAGCAUGGCGAUACACCGAGGAGCAUAAGGGUGGCCGAUCGGUUGCUGAGUAUGGAUCCGAAGGACCCUUCGACCUACAUCUUGCUGUCCAAUGCAUUUGCUGUUGCCGGAGUAUGGGAGUCUGUGGUCAGAGUGAGGAAGUUGAUGGAUGAUAUGGAGAUCAAGAAACAGCCAGGUUACAGUUGGAUUGACUUGGGCAAAGAGAGCUGUCUGUUUACGGCCGGAGAAAUUCCGCAUGAUAUGAGAGUCGAGAUCGUUCAAUUGCUCGAUGAACUGGCCAUCGAGAUGAGAAGGAGAGGAUAUGUGCCGGACGCAAGGUCGGUUAUGCACGACUUGGAAGAGUGCGAGAAAGAGCAACAACUGUUCUUGCAUAGUGAGAGAUUGGCUGUUGCCUUUGGGCUUCUCAAGUCGAUCCCAGGAACCACAAUCCGGAUCGUGAAGAACCUUCGCGUUUGCACAGACUGUCAUACCGUUCUAAAGUUGAUCAGUGCCAUAACUGGGAGGUCGAUAGUUGUGCGAGAUGCAAAUAGGUUUCACCAUUUCGAAUGCGGAAAGUGUUCUUGUGGAGAUUUUUGGUAACCUCGUAUGACCUUGUGCAAAGACGAAUUGCUGAACCUGCACGAAGAUUCUGAAUAUCGGUGAAUUUAAUGUAACAUGUUUAUGCAUUGGACACAUGCAAUCUUUUCAUGUUGCAGCCUUCUCAAAACAUUUUUAAAGCAAUUGUAUGAUGAAAUCGGAGAAGACACUCAAAAGCAUAAAAUAAGUAGUAACAGAAUCAUAAUUUUGUUGGAAAUGACACAGGAACCCAUCAACAGCAAUUAGCAAUUAUCUCUCUCGAUACAGAAAAAGGGUACAAGAACGUUACAAAGGAUCGGUUUGAUAAACCGUGAAGAUACCAUGACAGUGAAAGACUAAGGCCAUAAUCGUC